GCGACGCGCCGCCAGAAGCGCCAGGCGGCCGCUGGGCCUAGAUCCGCCGGGCCGCGCAGGAGGCUCCUUCCCGCCUUCCCCUCACUGCGGGGCCGGGCGGGGGAUGCGAGGCGACCCCGGGGGAGGGCGGCCGGGCCCCACUGCCGACUAACGGGCCUCCUCCUCCCCCCUCAGCCCUAGCGCGCUGCUGUUGUCGAGCAUGGCUUCCCCGGCCCCGUCCGUCCCCGCCUUCCAGUUCCGCCCGCGGCUGGAUCCCCCGGACUGGCGGCGCCUGAGCGCCGUGGACGUGGAGCGGGUGGCGGCCGAGGUGGACGUGGCGGCGCUGCAGGAGCACCUGGCGCACGUGGCCUUCUGCGACGCCGGCCGGGAGCGCUGCCCGCGGUGCCAGGCGCCCGCCGACGCGCUGCUGCUGAGGCUCCUCCGCCUGGCGCAGCUGAGCCUCGAGUACCUGCUGCACUGCCAGGACUACCUGGGCGCCCAGCUCCGCGCCACCCAGGAGCUGCUCAGGGCCGCCGACGCCCACCGGGACCUGCUGGCCAAGGACGUGGCCCGGGGAGCCCAGGAGGCCCGGCUGCUCCGGGAGGAGUGCAAGAGGCGGAAGAAGAUCAUCGGCACCCAGCAGAUGAUGCUCCAGGCCGGCGCCGCCUGCCACCAGGUGGGCGCAUGGGUGGGUGUGGGGGACGAUGGAGGGUAGGAGGAGAGGGUGCACCAGUUUAUCUGCACUUGGUUACUGGUAAGAUGCCCCAGGGCCGGUGGCCAACCCGCCAUGCGCCCUUUUGUUGUUUAGUCGUGUCCGACUCUUCGUGACCUCAUGGACCAGAGCAUGCCAGGCACUGCUGUCUCCCGCAGUUUGGUCAAACUCAUGUUGGUAGCUUGUCCAACCAUCUCGUCCUUCCCCUGCAUGCAAAGACAGGCUCCAGAGGAUUGAGCAGACGAGACCAAUAGUGGGUCUAACAGUCAAGAAGACAGCUUCUGCGCGUGCCGUAGAGGGAAGUGAGGGUUCAUCAACUUGGGGAGGUAGCCCAUUUUCUUCUUGUUGUUUAGUCGUUUAGUUGUGUUCGACUCUUCGUGACCCCAUGGACCAGAACACGCCAGGCUUCCACUGCCUCCCGCAGUUUGGUCAAACUCAUGUUAGUAGCUUUGAGAACACUGUCCAACCAUCUCGUCCUCUGCCGUCCCCUUCUCCUUGUGCCCUCCAUCUUUCCCAACAUCAGGGUCUUUUCCAGGGAGUCUUCUCUUCUCAUGAGGUGGCCAAAGUAUUGGAGCCUCAGCUUCAGGAUCUGUCCUUCCAGUGAGCACUCAGGGCUGAUUUCCUUAAGAAUGGAUAGGUUUGAUCUUCUUGCAGUCCAUGGGACUCUCAAGAGUCUCCUCCAGCACCAUAAUUCAAAAGCACCAAUUCCUCGGCGAUCAGCCUUCUUUGUGGUCCAGCUCUCACUUCCAUACAUCAUUACUGGGAAAACCAUAGGUUUAACUAUAUGGUCCUUUGUCGGCAAGGUGAUGUCUCUGCUUUUUAAGAUGCUGUCUAGGUUUGUCAUCACUUUUCUUUCAAGAAGCAGGCGUCUUUUAAUUUUAUGACUGCUGUUCACCAUCUGCAGUGAUCAUGGAGCCCAAGAAAGUAAAAUCUCUCACUGCCUCCAUUUCUUCCCCUUCUAUUUGCCAGGAGGUGAUGGGACCAGUGGCCACGAUCUUAGUUUUGUUGUUGUUGAGCUUCAGACCAUAUUUUGUGCUCUCCUCUUUCACCCUCAUUAAGUGGUUCUUUAAUUCCUCCUCACUUUCUGCCAUCAAAGUUGUGUCAUCUGCAUAUCUGAGGUUGUUGAUAUUUCUUCCGGCAAUCUUAAUUCCGGUUUGGGAUUCAUCCAGUCCAGCCUUUCUCAUGAUGAAUUCUGCAUAGAAGUUAAAUAAGCAGGGAGACAAUAUACAGCCUUGUCUUACUCCUUUCCCAAUUUUGAACCAAUUAGUUGUUCCAUAUCCAGUUCUAACUGUAGCUUCUUGUCCCACAUAGAGAUUUCUCAGGAGACAGAUGAGGUGAUCAGGCACUCCCAUUUCUUUAAGAACUUGCCAUAGUUUGCUUUGGUUGACACAGUCAAAGGCCUUUGCGUAGUCAUUGAAGCAGAAGUAGAUGUUUUUCUGGAACUCUCUAGCUUUCUCCAUAAUCUAGCACAUGUUUGCAAAUUGGUCUCUGGUCCCUCUGCCCCUUAGAAAUCCAGCUUGCACUUCUGGGAGUUCUCGGUCCUUAGGCAAGGCUAAACUGCUUACACACACACACACACACACACCAAAAUUGCACGCACACCCCAUCCCAAAAUUGCAAACUUAAGUUUUUUUUAAAAACAGCUAGGAAAAACGAAAAGUGCAAAAAUGCCAGAUUUAAAUCAAAAUUGCAAACUUAAGUUUUUCAAAGAUCAGGUAGGAAAAACGAAAAGCACCAAACGGCUAGAUUUAUCUGAGAUCGCAAGAUCUAGGCUUAUCGCAGAUCUCAGCAGCAAAGCCGUCUUUGAUUAUCUUCAAUUGCAAAAUCUAAAUCUAUCUUAGAUCUUGGUAGUGUAUCCAUAAUAAUAAUAAUUAUAGUAGUAAUAUUUAUACCCCGCCCACCUGGCUGGGUUUCCAAUCUUACUUUGCUAUGAGUGAUUGCUAGAGAAGAAUCAUUUGCAGCACUGAAAUGACUUCUCAGCGGUGCAAGCCUGGGCAUUGUAUAUGAAGGUCCUGGGCUGCCCAGACAACACAUGGCAUCCAUAUAUCUCAGGAGACAGUGGAAGAAUGAUACAGGAGAGACAUGUUUUAUUGCAGGGGGACUUCUAUUACAUGAAAGUCUGAUUUUGUUGCUACAAGUGCCACAUUGUGUAUCAGGCGCUCCACCAGUUAAACUCAAUCCCCGAAGGUGCACUCUUCCAUUGUCUUCUGAGACAGAUGGAUGCCAACAAUGUUAUUCUGAACCCCAACAAUUGAUUAUCAUUACCUUAGAUGGGUUACACAGACUCCCGUGUUAAACUAAAUACAGAGGGCUAAUAGAGUUCUGCUCCCUAGACAAUCCUUGGUGAAUAACAAUAAGACUAGCCUAAAAGUGGCAUUACUGCUAUGUCUUUUUUAGGUUUUCAGAACUCAGGAUAAUCAUGUUUUAGGACUCUGUAUUAGCAUAGGUUCGGUAUGUUGUGGUACAUCUGAGAGCUCGGGUUAUAAAGUAUCCAUAGAAAUUGUGAAUGUAGAAUCAAGAGUUGGAAGAGGUGCCCUGCCUCUUCUUUAAGGCUCCCAAACAGUGCAGUAACUUUUUCAGUUUCACAUCAUUUUGAGCCAGAAACAUUAAAUGUUGUCACUUUACAUGACUUGUGUUGGUAGUUUUCACUGUAUCCAUUGAGAAUAGGACGAGAAGUGAAUGGGGCUAAUGUUGAAAUGAAGUUGCUUUAAGGAGCCCAGCUCCAAACAAUAGACCUUUUCACUGUGUGGGAAAGCCUUGCAGUUGCAUAUAAUCGAUGUUUAUUUAUGAAUAAAGUCCUUUUAGUAGCUCCAUGCAAGACCUAUCCCCAAUAAGCAUAAAACACUAAUGUACCAUGAGCUAAAGUAAUUGAAUGAAGGGUAAAGCAUGCAACCGCUACAUGGAAUUGGCAACAUUUCAACAUGAGUGUUUGUUUGGAUAAAGAUAUUUCACAGCUGAUUUAAUACAUUAAAUCCUAAUAUGUUUCAGCAGAAGAUAUCUGUGGCUUGCUGGCAUUUCCCUGGCACUCAGUCCUUGACUAUCCAAGCUUUGCAUGUUCUUGCAUUUAUCCAACAAAAAUGUAACUUAAUUAUUUAUACCCUUAGUAGUUCUUUCAAGGAAUUUAUAUUUAAUCACAUAGCAGCUAUCAGUUGCAGGAUUUUAAAUAGUUGAUGGGGAUUGGGAAUUCAGCAACAAGAAUCUGGUUCUGAAUCUGCUGAGCCAUUACACACAUUUCACAUCAUAUGAGCUGAUCCUCCUAAAUGUAUAGUAGCAUGUUACUGAAGAAGAUGUGCAAGUUUGAAGUGCAUUAAAAGAGCAACAGAUUUUGAGACCAUGUGUCUACAAAUCAGAAGCAAAAUAAUCUCCCUUUUGCACCAGCAAAAUCUGCUCUGGUGUUAUGUCCACCUGCCCCUAAGUAGCACAAGUCCUAGAUGUCCUUUACUAGAUGUUGGAUGCAGGUGGCACUGUGGUCUAAACCAAUGAGCCUCUUGGACUUGCUGAUCAAAAGUUUGGCGCUUCGAAUCCCCGCGACGGGGUGAGCUCCCGUUGCUCUGUCCUAGCUCCUGCCAGCCUAACAGUUCGAAAGCAUACCAGUGCAAGUAGAUAAAUAGGUACCGCUGCGGCGGGGAGGUAAACAGCGUUUCCGUGUGCUCUGGUUUCUGUCACGGUGUUCCGUUGCGCCAGAAUUGGUUUAGUCAUGCUGGCCACAUGACCCGAAAAGCUGUCUGUGGACAAACGCCAGCUCCCUCUGCAUGAAAGCGAGAUGAGUGCUGCAACCCCAUAGUUGCCUUUGACUGGACUGAACCGUCCAGGGGUCCUUUACCUUUUACCUUUAUUAGCUGUCCUAGCUUAGGGAUAGCAGCCGCUGCCUUCAUUUUGUUUCACAUUCUAGUAGCGAUAGUAGUGACACUGUUUUUCCUCAAUCGCUGGCACAAUUUUUGAGAAGGUGAUUUUUUGGGGGGGUUAAUGGGGGGAGGAAACCUGCCUCCCAUAUGAUACAUAAGAUCAGGUUGCAAGAAUGAUCUAGUGUAAGUAGUUGUUUACACAUUGGCACUCUGAUCCAAAUAUUCUUACUGGUGCCUGUUCCUGUAACACUGGAAUAAUAUGAUGGUUUAGUCCAGAAACAGGCACAUCCUAAACAUGUAUUUACCGGUGCAACUGUUAGGUUCAGGCCAGAGUGUUGGAUAGAGUCUUGAACUAGGACUUAGGAGACCUGAGUUCGAAUCCUCGCUCAGCCAUGAAGUUCAUUGUGUGGCCUUGGGCCAGUCCCUGCUUUUCAGCCUAGCCUACCUCAUAGGGUUUUUGUGGGGAUUAAAUGUGGAGAGGCAGAACCAAUGUGCCCCUCCUUGAGCUAACUGAAGAAAAAGGUGAGAGAUAAAAGCAAUAAACAAAUGGAUAAAGGUACUUAAUUCUUCUCCAAAGCUGUAAUCUUGUGCCUAGUUGCUGGAGUAUAAGGCCCAGAGACUGGUGAUGCUAACUGAUAGCAGGAUCAAACCCAUUCACGAUCCAGUUAGAGCUUUGUGCCUGUCCCUCAUCUAGCAGCCAGGACUGCACAUGUGAUAGUGCUGAUCAGUUGUUCAACACAAGAAGGUAUGGGUUUUGAUUUAUGCUUCUCCACCCCACAUCCUGAACAUUACUGCUGUUCUUGAUAGUCUCUCCAAUGAUUUUUCAUGCAGAGUGCCAAUUUGCCGGGUGGAACGUCUCCCCUUAGGUAUCCCACAUGCAGGGAUCUUAAUAUAAAAUGCACCUCUUAAUAUAAAACAUGUCUAGUUGGCAAAUGCAGCAUUAGCACCAUUAGUGCUUCCAGCAGCUUGUGUAUUUUUGGACCAGGUACUUUGUCACCUUUGAAACUAUGUAUUGAGAAAUGAGUAAAAUAACAGAGGUAUUUGAUGAUUGAUUUGUGUGUUUUGUCUGUUACUGCUAAGUCCAUUUAAGUGCCUUACACAUUUUCUCAAGAAUACAAACCUACGUUGAGAAUGGGCCCUGGACUAGCACUGAAAUAUACAGACCUAAUUUCUUACCAUAGUUGUAUAGGUGGAUUUCUGUUGUUGUUUAAACAAAACUACAUUUAUUUUACAGUGUCAAUUUUGUGACAAAGCUUUUAUGAACUAUUCCUUCCUGCACAGUCAUUUGCAACGUCGCCACGCAAAGGAACCACACUCUGGUGAGUUAUGAAGCAGGAGAGGAAAUCUCAUAAUGGGCAGUGUAAUUCAUUUUUUCCCCCUGGGUGAAAAAGCAAACAAGAAACAGCAGUGCCACUCAAAGAACAAGAGUGAUUUUGAGAUAUAGCUCCAAUCCAGCUAUAGUUAAUCAUAAGUAACUCCCACUGAAAGCAAUGGGAUUUUAGUUAGCUGUUUCACUGACAUCAGUAAAAUUUGUUCAUGACUAAUUGGGCAACUUAAUGAAACUACUAAAGUAAACUGAGAAUUCCUUUAUUCUUUUUUUCACAUUUAAUAAAUGCAAAUGUAGGUAUAGGACACGGGUGGCGCUGUGGGUUAAACCACAGAGCCUAGGACUUGCCGAUCAGAAGGUCGGCGGUUCGAAUCCCCGCAACGGGGUGAGCUCCCGUUGCUCUGUCCCUGCUCCUGCCAACCUAGCAGUUCGAAAGCGCGUCAAAGUGCAAGUAGAUAAAUAGGUACCGCUCCAGCGGGAAGGUAAACAGUGUUUCCGUGCGCUGCUCUGGUUCGCCAGAAGCAGCUUAGUCAUGCUGGCCACAUGACCCGGAAGCUGUACGCCGGCUCCCUCGGCCAUAAAGCGAGAUGAGCGCCGCAACCCCAGAGUCGGUCACGACUGGACCUAAUGGUCAGGGGUCCCUUUACCUUUACCUUUAGGUGGAAAUGUAACAGGUUCACAUCUGGAUAUUUGUCCGUUUGACAUGCUUUAAAAAAAUCACUGUCAAGGAAUCCUGACCCAAGACCCAGGUCAGCACUUCCUUAGUAGGUCUGGAUCUUGCUCAGAACCCAGGAUGUCUAUCCACUCCACCAGGCCACUGUUUUGGGAAUGUUUUGAACAAAACAUUUCAGUAGAACUUAGACUCUCAAAGUAGCUCACAGAGCUCCUUCUUGUCGCCUUUGGCUGAUACUGCUCUGAGGCAGAAUACACCUGGCAUCAUGGUUUGCAGAAUAAAAUUUGGAAAUGCAUUCCUGAAGUGCCUCUGUAGGAAGAGCUGUGUUGCCCAAAAUAAUAAGAAAAAAAACCCCAUGUUAUCACCAAAUAUGUAUUUCUUUUAAUAGAUCAGAAGCAAAAAGUGCAGACGGGUCAAUUACAGGAGGAGAUCAACAAGCUGAAGGAGCAGUUACAGCUCACCAGGUCUCAGUUAGAAGCUGAGCAACACGCUCACAUGGUCAAGUUGUCUAAGGUAGGGCAUACUCUGCGUCAGUACUCUAAAUGCUGUUGAGUGGUAUCCUAAGUAAUGCAUUAUGGAUGUGAUCCUGAAGAGACACACACAUGGUUUAAUCCCAUUGAGUAACAGAGAAAAUAGGACUGUAAAUGUUCAAAUGGCCAUAUUCCUCUUCCACGCAACAUUCAUUGCCUAUUCAGUGCAUCAGGAAUGGAUAAUCUUUACAGGUAGUCUUGAGUCGCUUUGGGAACAGAGAUUAUUUUGAUCCAUAAAUGCAUGGAGGUCUAGAUCAGUGUUUCCCAAGCUUGGCUUUCAAACUGUUUUUGGACUACAGCUCCUAUCAUCUGUAGCUAGCAGGACCAGUGGUCGGGGAUGAUAGUAACCUUAGUCCAAAAACAGCUAGAGAUCCAAGUUUGGGAAGCACUGGUCUAGACAAAAGCAGGCAAGCAUCUGGGUAAGUAGGGACAGGAAGUCUGAGUGAGUAGGGACAGGAAGUUUGUGUUUGAGCAGCAUGUUUUCUCAGACUGAGGAUCCAGGUGAAAAUCAGUUUUCUAGGACUAGGAGGAACCCUGCAAACCUCUUGUGCCACUUGAUUUCUGUUGAACUGGGAACUGUAGGACCAGAAUCUGGCCAGGACAGGAUGGGCUUUCCUGUUAUUCCUUCUGGACUUGAAGAGACAUGUGAUCCUCACCUGAGCCUAUUCCAGCUUGAGGAAUCACCCACCUCCUCCCCGAGCUAGCGAGCCCCACCUGGGUUGUGGGUCCUUGCCUGCCUUCCCUCAAAACUAACAGCUGUAAAUUCUGGAAUCCUGAGGUCAGGGGUGGUUACAUCCCAUUUCGCCACUUGAGGCAAAACAGAAUCUGGUCGUCUGCAGUGGGUGGCACUACAGCCUAUCAUAGAGCUAACAGAGCUAGCCAACUGCUCCCUGCUCUGUCAAAUCUUCACAGCUGGCCAGAAAGUGAGACACUCUGCUAGAAUCUCUGGUUUGAGAUCCCUGUCCCUUGCAGGUGGAGCAAUAGUCAAAGUGUGGCAAGUGAUAAGCCAGAGGGAUGAAGCAGCAAAAUCAGUCAGAGGCCAAGAAAUCUCAAAGCUGAGUACAAGCUGAGGCAAAAUGAAUUAAUUAGGACUGGGAUGAAGGUAGAAGCAAGAGGGUUUGUUAAAAUUGGAAGCAACAGGGCAGAAGACAAAUGUCUGGGUCAUCCAUGAUGGGACAAGGAGGAUGCUCAGGAAGUUUAAAUAGAAGCAGCAAUAACCAAUGCCUUGUUGUGCUAGCAAGCUGGCCAUGUUUUCUGAAAAGAUCCAUUAUUUUUCAGUGUUAAGUGAAACUCUUGUGAGUCAGAGAUAUUUUAGAAGAGAGAUACUAUCAGGAGUCAGUAACCUUUCUAAAGCUGCUGAUUCUCACUUGGAUGAGCAAACAGAGGACAUGUGAUUCUGCCACCUUGUUGAAGCUAAGAAGGAACCCCUGUGCACCCUGCCUUGAGUUCCCUGAUAGAAGAAAAGCAGGAUACAAAUGUAUAAAGUAAAGCCAACCAUAAAAAGUAAAAGAAUGAAACUCAAAAUUUCUCAGCCUAGGACCUGUGUGUUGCUUGGAACUGUUCGGUUUGUUGUAUCCAUGAGAGAAUUCUCAGAAUAACAUUUUAAAGCAAUUUCAGGAGUAUGACGAACACAGAUCCAAGGAGGAGGAGAUUCGGCAGUUAUUUCACAAAUGGAAAGAAGAAGAAAAAGACAAACUGGCCAGUGAACUAGAGAAGAUGAAAGAGAUGUUUAUGAAGGAAUUUAAAGAGCUAACUGCGAAGAAUACAGAAUUAGAAAAUGUAAGUAAUUGAGAAGGGGUUUCAGUUGGCCUGCGCACACCUUCAAGCGGUCUUGACUUGAUCACUUGCUUAAAGUUCAAGACGUGAGCUUCUGGGGAAAGACGCUUAGGAUUUUCUAAGAGCAGAGCUUUAUAAAAACCUUGGUAUAUUCAUAAAUCUAAUUUCAGUCCCAAGGACCAAAAUGUUGCUAUGUCAUUUAAACACUUGCUGUGAUCCAACCAAAGACCAAACUUGCAUGGAACCAGGUUUUCCAUACAUAUCCUUAGCUGCAUGAGGCUCUUUUAUGCAAACAUGUGCAUGUUUCCUCUGACUCAUGCAGCUUGACCAGACUGUGAACAUAAAACCUUAACAUAGCAAUGCCACCCAUCACAGUUAUGUAGGGACAGCAAGGGGCUACCUCUAUUCUCUACCCUGCCACUACCAAACAGCUCUUUUGCAUUAUUACUAUUUUCUAAGAGGCCAUUGAAUUUACAGGGUUGGGUUGGGAUCAAUGUUCAAAAAAUGGUAGUGGGUGGAUUCCUAAAUAUUCAAGGAAGGAAUCAUGCAAGUUAUGUCUUCAGGGGAAAGAAGGCAGAACACGUACACCCAACCUGCGAAAUUGCUGAUUGGUGUGCCUGUUGUUGUUUGCAAAUUUCCAUCCUCUAAUACAGUACAUAUUUGGAUUUUAGCCUUUUAUCAUUUUCUCUCUCCCCCCUCCCCUUGCUCUUAGCAUCUAUUAGAAGUCCAGAAGUCUAACAAUCACCUGAAAUCUAAUUUGGGCACAUUAAAAGAUAGCUAUGAAUUUCCAGAAGAGAAACACCAGAGUGCUGUAGAUCAGCAGGAAGCAGUGCAGGCUUUAGAAAAACAGGUAAUUUAACACAAAUUCCAUUCCAGUUGCCUUGUUUCUAGUUUGUGGGAAAGAGUGUUAUUACCCUGUACAUAUUAGAUCAGAGCUUUCCAAAAUGUGUCGCAACAAGUUAGUGUGUCGGCUGCAGUGUGUAAGUGUGUUGCGUGAACACUCCCCAUGCUUCUCAUAGGGCUGGAAAGGGGUUAGUUUAACCUCCAGUUUGCUGCUUUUCUGGUGGAGACACACACACACACACACAUCAUAUAAACUGAAAUACGAGUAUGUUAAUACAAUUAACUUUAUUCUGUCUUACGUAGGACACUGAGUGGAAGGCUAAACUACAAGCUCUUAAAGAAGAACAUGGCAGUGAAAAACGCAUGGUAAACAAGACUGUUUGUGAUUAAAGGGGUGGGGGAACAGACAUUGGCUUGGAUCCUAAAAUAAGUCAUUCUAAAGAAGUUAGCGGAAAGAAUGUUUCUCCUCUCCUUCCCACUUCUGCCAUCUAUGACCCUUAAGAGUCUCUUGGGAGGAUGGGAGGGCACUCCCGAAUAAUGUGGGAAGAGGGGCUGCAGGGGAGAAGGGGACAGAAAACUUUCUUUACCUCCCUUACCUCAGGAUCCAAGCCAAUCUGCUCUCACGACAUUAUGUAAGGACCUGGCAAACUGUUCAGAAUGGGUGUUAAAAUCCACUCUUGUUGUGUUGUAGAAUUCAUUUGAAUAUUCUCAUUGAAGGCAUUUCACAUUCCGUCCUUGCACUGAAAACUUCAGUACAGAGGUUGACUUUUUGCAAUACAACCAGCUGGUUAGGGGUGGCACCUGGUCUUGUCCUAGCCCUUGAGAAGAGCACAGUUAGAAAUAACUUUGGAUUCUGUGCUUUGGUAUUGGAGGCAUCAGCAGAAGUUAUGAUGUCAUAUUCACCCAGGAAGGGACAUAAUCAUGUGACCUCUCCCCCCACCCCAAGUGUUGCUGGUCUUUUCUCAGCUUUUCCCCAGGACACAGCAAGUUAUUUCUUCUCCUUGUUACCUGUGCUUUGCCUCAGGCCUAACCUCUUCCUGAUUCUUGAAGCAUCUUCUUUCACUCUUCCAAAUCCCUGAGUUCCACACGUGGCUCAAGCUAUAUUCUGUCAGACUGGCCCUCCUAGCUUUUCCCAGCCUUCACCAGAUGCUGUAAGAGAAAAGUGACCAGAAGUCCACUAGCAACAAGACGCUCCUUCUCUUCCUACAACAAGACACCAAUCUAGGCCUCAAACCAACUAUUCUUUGCAGACAGGUGUCAAACCUGUCAUCAGUUCUGCCAAGAUCUAGCAACUCGGCUCUAAGGACAUAAUAUUCUUACCAGACCUUUAUUACAUCCAUAUUAUGUCAUCUACAGGUUUCAGGAGCUUCUUCCACCCUCUUUGUCCUCCAGCCCAUCCCUCUGAGCAGACCUGGUACACACUGAAUGUUCGCAGGCUACUUAAGGCAUGUAUUAGAGGCACCACUGCCUUCUGACGAAAUGAAAAUCUGUUGAUGUCUUUUUGUCCUGCAUCUGUAAGGAGAUUCCCCCCCCCCCAGUGCCACCGCUAGAAUGUGAAUCAAGGCAUGUGUUGCCUAUACAAGGCAUAUCAUCUACCAACACGGUUGCACGUUACAGUCACUUCACCUGGGCUGCAGCUGACAUGUUUUCCAGGCACUACAAAAUAGACUGCUUUGCCUUAGCAGAAGCUGUCUUUGGGAGGGCAAAUGUUCCAGCAUGUAGUCCUUACCUCAUUCGGAAUGCACAUCCCAUUGUUGGAUGUCUCCAGUGUCAGACACAGAAUGGAACAUCGGUUGCUCCCCAUGGAAGUUCCUUUUGUUUUGGCACGUACAGGCCUCGUCCCUAAGCUUAGCGCUCCUUGUAACACUUUCACAAAGCCAGCAAUUCCUUCACCCUUGUUACUCGGGCUCCUACACUCCUACUCCCCUUCUGUAUUUAUACUCUUCUAGAUACAUUUUGUCUCACGUUUGGCUCCAGGACAGAAUUGAGGGAUGACUCCCCUCCAGGACUGCACUUUGUGAAGAAAACAAGGUAACGGCAGUCCCUUCAUUCCUGAGCAAAUGCAGACGUACUAAUCCAUUGUUUAGUAACUCCAUACACCAAACCGAACAAACCUUCGUAGUGAUUAAUCAGCGUCCAAUUUCCCAUCAGCCAUGCCAUCAGACUUUCUUCCAGUUUCAUCCAUUCUUAACGGCUAUUUUUUGUGCCAUGGAUCAGCAUAAUCUUCCUAGCCAAACAUUGCAUGGAGUCACAUGUAAAAAGCUAAAAUCCCACCAGCCAGUUGCUUGAGGAAUAGAAUGGGAGACUGGAUUCCCCCCCCCCAUGUUCCCCCUUCCCCAGCAAACCAAUUAGGCUGGGUUUUUACUUUUGAAAAAAGGGCUCUGCCUGCGAUGUAUUGGAUCAGAAUCGGUGUUAUUUGUACCCACAGGACAGUUCCCUGUCUUCUCUUUAUGCCAAUUAUAUGCAACUGAAAUUUGUAAUUUCAUUCCCUGUUCUUUUAAAGGCUUCUUCUGCAUGGUUUCCCCCCUCUUUCUCCAGCCAUUAUGUCUUCAUUUCUGUGUGUGGCUGUUUGCUUAUUUACUUACUUAAUUUAUACCCUAUAUUGAAAUGCACGAGGGCAGCUAACAAAAUUAAAACGGCAAAAAGCAAUUACGUGAGAGCUUUACACUGCUGCAAAGACUGUAGCCUGCUAGGUCAAUGAACUUAUCUGUCUGGUCUGUGAUGUGCUUUAUCCCCAUGGUGAUCCCCAAGGAGGAUACUGGUAUGUCAGAAACAAAUCCACAUUGGAUGUUUUGCCCCAUCUCUGGAACUUCCAGUCAACAAAGCCAGGCAUGUCUGGAGAAAUACUCCCUUUAUGCCACACACCCCUCCCUCACAGGCGUUUUGGAUGUCACAAUGACUUUCAGAUGCAGUCUGCUGGAAGGUUCAGGAGACAGCUGACAAACAUGCUAGGUAUCAAGGUGGGUCUUCGGUGAAUUUAUUUCCAGCUCCUCAUAUCAUUUUCUUUUUGAAAUAGCAUCAUCAAGAGCUGCACAUGACUUUUUCUGUCUGUUAUAAGGAUCUGUGCACCCUUAGGAUAUGCCCACGGAAGAGAUAAACUUCCCAAACAAGGGCUAAAAUAAUAAUAACAGCAAGAAUUGAUAGAUAACCUAAGCAUCUAUUUAAAGACAAAAAAGCCCCUCAGCCAUUCAUCCUUGUGUGAAGGUAGAGGUUGUCUGUUGCUUUGUAAUAAGAGAAUGAGCUCCAUAGGGUUAUGGAUUUCCAUUUGCUAUUAGUCCUUUGAGCUGAACUUUUAAAUGAAAGAAAAUAGGAACUAAUCCAAUAAGCAAUUUUUUUUUAAAUUAGUGAAAUAUUGGAAUAUUUUAGGUCUCAUUUGAGAUCAAUUUAUUCUUCCAUAUUUGACACCUUCAGCUUACGUCCCAAAUUGAGAAGUACAAAGCACGUAGUGAGACCUGCAGUGCAAGCAACAUCUUCUAUAAGAAGAGGAUAGAAGAACUAGGCCAGAAACUGCAGGAGCAGAAUGAACUCAUCACCACGCAGAAGCAGCAGGUCUGUUCAUAUAAUAUUGUUACGUAUCGAAAACCCCAAAGCAGAGUGGAACAUUCCUCUUUGAAACAAAACAAAACAAACCCUUGAAAAAUACAGAUCAAUUUUCAGCUGCUGUACCAUAUUUUACCAACCCAUACUAUAAUGGGUAUGGGGUUGCUCGUGUGUAAGUUGCCGCCUCUCCUGGCUAUGUUGCCUUGUUAAACCUUUCUGUCUGGACAGCCCUUCAAUUCGUGGCUGCCUCAGUCGCUAGCAGAAUCCAUCAGUGGGCGUUUCUUAAACCUCUUCCAACAUAAAGGUUGUUUGACGCCCAGUCUCCUCCUACUCUCCCUGCGUGCAAGUCUUCUGCGCAGGGAGGGCGUGGGUAGCGGAGGACCCGUGCUCUCCCCGCUGGUGUCCAGUGAAGAGUCCUGGAGCCCUCUCGCCGAUUCCCCCAUCUGCCCCCCUUUAUCCCUGGUGUAACGUUGAUUUGCUUUCCCCUCUGCUGAACUGCCUCUCUCCCUGCUUGGCCCUUCUCCAGCAUCAUUUGAGAGCCUUCCCUCCGCCUCAGGCUCUGAUGUCAGUUCCCUGACACAUACAUUUCAAAUUGUGUUCUUACAAACCAUGAUCCUGAUUUCUGCAGGGCUUAGGGCUGUUAGAGAAUGACUUCCCCCAAUUUGCAGCCCCAUUCACAGGGGGAAAAUGGGGGGAGUGAGGGUUAUUUUUCCAAUUUGGUAAGGGAGGGGUGGGUUGAAAAUUCCUGAAGGGAAACCUGUGCUGUGCUUUUGUUUUGCAAAAAGACUCCUUCCUAUUGCCCCUCUCUCCCUUCCUUGUCCGGGGAAGUGAUAUCCUGGUGAGUUUAUUCACCACCUUGCUCUAAGGAUGCCACGCAGAACUGUCAUUGGAGCAAGCAGCCAACACUCCUGCCUGGCCAGCCAACUAGCUAGUGCGUCACUUCCUGCCCCCAGGACAAGGAGGGGGGAAUAGGAAGGAGCUACUUUGUCAAGGUUAAAAAAGAGGAGGGGGGAAAUCCCCUCUCUCCCAUUCAGUAGAUCAAGUCAGUUGGUCAAACUGGGAAACAGUUUGAGUAUUAGAGACGGAUUCUAUAGCAUUGGCUGUAACAGACAUUAAACUGGCACAGAAAUAGCAUCCAGUGGCAUUGUAUUGAUGGGAUGUUCAGAGCACUUAAAGCAACCUCGCUCCUACGAUCAAGCAAGGUUUGAUCAUGUUAGGGUUCACAUUAAAGGGUAAAGGGACCCCUGACCGUUAGGUCCAGUCGUGACCGACUCUGGGGUUGCGGCGCUCAUCUCGCUUUAUUGGCGAAGGGAGCCAGCAUACAGCUUCCGGGUCAUGUGGCCAGCAUGACUAAGCUGCUUCUGGCGAACCAGAGCAGCGCACGGAAACGCCGUUUACCUUCCCGCCGGAGUGGUACCUAUUUAUCUACUUGCACUUUGACGUGCUUUCGAACUGCUAGGUUGGCAGGAGCAGGGACCGAGCAACGGGAGCUCACCCCGUUGCGGAGAUUCAAACCGCCGACCUUCUGAUCGGCAAGUCCUAGGCUCUGUGGUUUAACCCACAGCGCCACCCGUGUCCCAGGGUUCACAUUAGGCUGGAACAAAGGUCCCUCUCCCUCUUUCCAGCCCCUGAGCCACUCCAGCAGUCGUUACCGGAGCUCUGGCUGGGGCUGGCUUCAGAUGUUUGAAUCAUGCUGCUGCCUCUUUGUGGGUGGGGAGGGUGCAGCUGGGCUAGUUGUCCAGCCAUCAGGGGCUCUUAGGUCAGGGGACAAAACAAUUCCACCCUGUCCUAUAAGGCCUGCACAUGCCCACCUCACGUCACAACAGCAGGGAUUUAGCUGGUACCACCCCACAAAUGAUAAUAGUCGUCUCCUUUCUAAAUCUGCACCUACGCUUGACUCUCUCUGAAUUUCAGAUAGAGAAACUGGCUACAAAAAAAUCAGUGGAAAGCGUCAAGUCAUCUGAUGGUAAGUGGCAACAAGAAGAACUUUAAAAUUCCUUUGUUUUUAUCUGCUUUUUAAUCAUUGCUCUCUUAAUAAAUGGUUCCAAAGUAUAUAAUUCAACAAGUCAUCUUUUUUUCUAAUUGCUUUGAGAAAGUCUGUUGAGAAGUACAAGAAUCUCAAGCCUGUAUUUCUUUUCUUUCCCAGUGAAAACGUCAACACAGAAUGUUGUUCAGCCCAAAUCGAGUGUAUCGUCCAUGCGUGGUAAGUUUUUGUAAUAGAUACGCACAUUAUUACUGAUCUUCCAGGAUGACAGCAAGUAACAGCUAAAUUUAAUUAACACAGCAAGAUUUUUUUUAAUUGAGAGGUCUUGAAAAGAUCGCUGUCAUGGUUCACAGUGGUAAAUAUAACACAUAGGCAUUUUCUUCCAGUGCAAUACUUCUUUCUAUUUCUAGACAAAACUGAAGCUUUUUACUUGGAAUGUGAAAUUCCAUUGUAGUGGAAUUGACUUAUUAGUUAACUGAUUUUGUUACCAAAUGACCUCCGCAUCUAAAUUUAAGGCACCUAAGAAUAGGUGCCCGAGGCAUCAAUUUACCUAAUAGUUGAGCUGACCUUGAAUAAGCCAUAAUAAUUGGAUUGUAAAAUAGCAAACAACCUCAUUACAUUUUGUUUUAUUUCAAGUGGUCUCUUAAUUUUAAAAAAGCAUCACCGUGAGGCUUUCAAUUAAAAAAAAACAUUGGCUGGAAAGCCCGUUCACAAUAAUUAUUUUAUGAAGACUUUGCACCAUGAAUGCUACUCUAGUGUUUUAUGCUUUGAUGUUUUAAUCUAUAUUUUAAAUUUUGUACAUAGCUUUAGUUUUUUGUAAGCCACUUUGAGACCCAGAUGUGGCGAUAUGCAGGCUGUAAUAAUAGUAAAAAUAUUCAUUAUAUGGCAACUGCACUUUUCAUUUCACAUUUGGGUUGUUUGAAUGGUCACUAUGUCUCCAAUCUCGCAGAUAUAUUUAUGAUCACAAGGGCUGUGUUUGGACUUAAUACUGGCCAAAAACCUUAGUUAAGCAAAGUAGUCUGUGCACAAGCUGUGUGUUGGUACACAUAAAAAUAAUUUUAUUAUUUAUACCCUGCCCAUCUGUCUGGGUUUCCCCAGCCACUCUGGGUGGCUUACAGCAUAUAUAAAAACAUAGUAAAACAUCAAACAUUAAAAACUUCCCAAUAAAGGGCUACCUUCAGAUGUCUUCUAAAAGUUAUGUAGUUCUUUAUUUCCUUGACAUCUGAAGGGAGGGCAUUCAAGAGGGAGGAGGCCACUACCGAGAAGGCCCUUGUUCUGGUUCCCUGUAACUUCGCUUCUCGCAGUGAGGGAACCAGCAGAAAACCCUCGGAGGAGGACCUCAGUGUCCAGGCUGAACGAUGGGGAUGGAGACACUCCUUCAGAUAUAGCUCAUGCACUCCCCGCUCUCCUCCUUUCAUGAGGUGAGGAAACAAACCAGCAUGCCAUAGAGUGGCUGGCUUAGCAUAGCACCCAAACCAGUUCUCAUGAGUACCACAAUUAGGAAGCCAAGAGCAAACCCUGGAUUCUAGAUCAUGGAUCUCCAAAACAAACCACAACCACAGUUUCAGAUGUAAUACUAAGCUAGACAUUCCAUGAUGUGUUACCCUGGAAAGGAGGGGUUAACUCUGGUUUUGGUCAGCAUUAUGCCUGAAGACAGGUAUAGAUUUAAUAUCUUCCAGUGGCAUCAAUCUUAGCACAUUAUAGCUCAUAGUUCAACUAAUUGGGCUUGGAAAGGUAAAAAAAUGGAAGGAACAUUCUUCACAGUUUUAUCAUUCAUUGUUUUAUCAGGUCCAUUUCCUCCACUUUGGACAGGCACCAGAGUGAUUGUCUCCAUUAAAUUUAAAUCCAUACCUGUAAUUUCAGAUACUCUUCCGACUAUACUAAGAAUAAUAAGCCUUUUUCAGUUUUCGAAACAACUUGGGUAUUCAUUUGGGAUGAUUUUGCUGGUGAUUGUCUAUUUUAUUUAUCUCUGCAGGUCUUUUCUGUCUCUCUUUUUAUCUCUUCCUACCUUGUUCCACCCCCUGCCUUUUUAAAAUUAAUUUCAAAAUUAUGCCUUAAAGCAGAAACACUACUUUUCCUACUUUCUAGCAAACAAGACCAUGAUUAGUAGAGCUGCAUUGUGUUUUCAUUCAAAUGAAACAGCUAAAAUAGGCAGUGUCAUCUUCAUGAGUGAGUAAAUUUAAUAUAGUAUCCCAGUUUUUCUUUCUUUUGUAAAAUAGAAGUUUCCAUCUGAUAUUCAUUUCUGCUUUUUGGAGAAACAAGCUUAGAUUAAAGCAUCAUCACUGAUCCUUUUUUGUCUUCCGUGGAAUUAAAUGAAACAGAUCCAUUUCAGUACUUAAUUUAUUUAGAUUUCUAGCUCAUUCUAAAAUAAGGGCUUAGGGAAGUAACUGCACUAAAAAGAACUAUGACAAAAGCUGACAAAUAAAAAUGGUUUUAAAUAAAAAAUGCCUUAAACCAGCCUAAACUGAAACAAACACAUAAUCUUGGAUGUAUUAAAUUUGUCAAAAACUGGAUUUUGUCGCUUGCUGGGAGAUGUCAAAAGUUCAGUCAUGUCGUGUCAAAAGUUCAGUUUAAAUCAACAGGACUUGGGUUACAAUUCUAUAUCCACUUACCUGAGGGUAAACACCACUACAUUCAGUGGAACCACUAAAUUCAGUAGACAUUAUUAGAUUGUAUUGUUAGAGCAAAACUCGACAUGGCGUGAGAGCUCUGUGAAGGGAUUCCCUAUUGCCUCUUCCCCACUCCUGCACAAACAAUCUACAGCAGUGGUUCUCAACCUGUGGGUCCCCAGAUGUUGUUGGACUACAAUUCCCAUCAUCCCUGAGCUCUGGCCUUGCUAGCUAGGAGUGAUGGGAGUUGUAGUUCAACAACAUCUGGGGACCCACAGGUUGAGAAAGGCUGAUCUGCAGGGUAUGUGGCUGCAUCUGGGGGAAGGUUUGCUUAGUUAACCUUUUCUUUCCAAGCCAUUUCCUUAAUAGAUAUUAUGUCCUGAUGCUUCCGCCAGGAAAAUGACACAGGGUGAAAGAGUUAAGCCCACUGCCUGAUCCUCUCCCUGCCUGGGUUGAGAACCCCCAAGCUUCUUGGGGAUCAUUCACAGGUGACUCAUGACAACCAUGGGGCUGCCCGCCCCCCAUCCUGUGAUGGGUCACACACUUGUCAUGGUCAGAUCACUUCCUGGUGAAGGUGUGCCUCUGCAUGCUUCCCCCUCCUUCCCUCUGAAACCUCUGGUUCAGGAGUUGCCUUCCAUGCAUGGUGAGCAGGGAAGAAGCCCAGGAGCCUAAGACCUAGCAUCUAUCUCACUACACAUGGAGGUAAGAGGGGAAAGUCCCAGGUACGGCCAGAGGCUUACUUUUGUUCUAAUGCUAAAGACCUACAACCACUCCGCUUGCAGGUAAAGCUGAGAAACAACUGCAGCUUAAUGUGAUGGAAAAUAUUUCACUUCCUCCAUGCAAAUUGCUACAGAGAACAGCAUUCGCUACCUUAAACACAUCCCUACAAUUUGAAUAAGCUUCUAUCACAAGUAAUGACAUUUUUACUGGGCUCUGAAAUUAGUGGCUCAGAAGAACAAAUAAAACAAAUGCGGCACCUCCAUAUAAUCUUCUGCAUAAUUUUCACCCUUUGGACCUUUAUCUUGACCUGCUUCUGUCUGUCUGUCUGUCUUUUUGCUAUUCCUCUGUUUCCUGAUUAUUAGAACAGGCCCAUUUGGUGCAUAUCCUGGAGCCCAUAGAGGAGCUUCCAGAGGAUGGAGAAGGUAAUGGAAGGGCCGAUCAAAUCAUCUGUGGCCUAACGUGGGAAAUGUUUACUAGGAAUACUAAUGUACAUGUUUAUAUGUUUCCCAGAGUAUCAAUCACGUAGGCAUGUUUUCAUACUGCAUGGUAAAUUACAUUUUCAAGCCCUACGCAGAGCUAGGCACCGCAAUAUUUCCGCCAUCACCUUCCUGAAAGUAGAUUGCUCCUCCUCCUUUCCACUAAUUCCCAUCACCCACUUCCCCGAAAAGCCAGUUCCAGUCCUUCCCAUGCUUCUGGGCAGCUCUGACUGUGCCACUGUUUCAGUUUCCAUAUAGUGUGAGAACAAAAUGUGAGCCUGCUUGUUACAGCUGUUUCUGAGCAAUAGGAGUUUCAUUUUAGGCUCUUCCUCCUAGCAGAAAAUUCAUACCCAAACGCAAUUGUCAUCUUCCUGUACCUCUUCACUUUCUUGCUGGGGUGGCCAACGUGGACCCCAGCUCCCAUCAUUCCUGACCAUUGACCAUGAUGGCAGGGACUGAUAGGAGUUGUAGUCUAGCAGCAUUUGGCGGGCACCAUAUUGACUGCCCCCGUUCCUACGGUACUUCCUUGCCUAUGUUGGCAAUUGUUUCAGGAGGAGAAGGGUUGGCAGGCAGGACUUGUGAUCACAGAUCCCUGGAACAUAAUAAAUUGCUAUUAUUCUCUUGUUACUGUUACUACAGUAGCUCUUUCCGGCAGAUAAAGCGUUUUCUUCUUAUCCUUUAUCCUUGCAUAAACCAGUGAGAUGAGAGUGCCCAGUGUUUUUGAUGGCCAAGCAAAGAUUUGAACUUUGAUUUUCCACAGUCAAGCUAUAGUAAUAGUAACUAUUAUUAUUAUUAUUUUUCUUAUUACCCCACCCCACUCUAUCCAGUUCUAUCCAAAUUAAAAAGCCAGAUUAAUCGGGCAGAAUUAAAAAUAGCCUUAUGAUAUGCCUAUGCUUAUGCAUAUAAUAUAUUUCAAGAAGGGUUUUAAGUAUUGUUCUGUGGUGUUGUGUUUUAGAUGUUUAUGUGGUAAUCGACUCUGGAAUGCUAUGGGAUGAUGGGCGGUUUAAAAAUGAAAUAAUAAUAGGUUUCUAACUUUUUAAUGUAGUUUUUUGAAGGCAGUUCUUCUCUUUUGCCUCUUAAAUUGUUGUGGGCUUAGCAUAUAUUGAUACUACAGUAUCGUUGUAAAGAGAACUAUCUGUUCUGUUUCAGAAACAGAGAAACAUGAGCCCAAAGCAGGGAGGAAUAAGCACCAUAAAGCACAUUCUUUGAAGAGCACUCCUUCAGUACCAAGAGAGCUGAGAUCUGUUUUGGAGCAGACCCUAGCAGAGAAACUGGAAUCCUUGGGAAUUAAAUCAGUAAGGCCACUUUAUAGUAUUUAGGUGAUCGGAAGAUACUUCUCUCCCUUUUACUUCCUUAACUUCCUCUUUCAGUCAACCUGGGACAAUCAGCAAUUCAAAAUCACUGAGGGCACCCGUGUUCUUCUUGUGCUUUUUCUUAGACUUUAGUGUAAGAUUGCAACACCUGCAGUAAUGUGUUUGUUCUCACGUGUUUGCAGUCUCACACUACUGUUGGUUACACUUAUUAUUAUUACAGUGGUGCCUCGCAAGACGAAAUUAAUCCGUUCCGCGAGUGUCUUCGUCUAGCGGUUUUUUCGUCUUGCGAAGCAACCCUAUUAGCGGAUUAGCGGAUUAGCGCUAUUAGCGGUUUAGCGGCUAUUAAAGGCUUAGCAGCUUAGCGGCUUAGCUGCUAAAAGGCUAUUAAAGGCUUAGCGGCUUAGAAAAAGGGGGGGGAAAGCGAAAAAAAAUUCUCAAGACUCGCAAGACAUUUUCGUCUUGCAAAGCAAGCCCAUAGGGAAAUUCGUCCUGCGAAGCGCAUUGAAAACGGAAAACCCUUUCGUCUAGCGGGUUUUCCGUCUUGCAAGGCAUUCGUCUUGCGGGGCACCACUGUAUUAUUAUGUGCAGUCUCACACUACUGUUGGUUUUACUUACCCUCAAAGCAAAAUUUAUGCCUGUAUCUUGUUGAUCAACACACUCCCAUAUUUUUUCAUUUACGUCCACCAAGAGACAGGGAAGGGAGAAAACACGGGCGCAAACGUUUAAGUUCUACGAAUUUCAGCUGAAUUGUCACCUGUCACAACAAGCCACAAACCAUGACCUAUGAGCAUGGCUGAAUUGCACCUGCUUUGGUCCUCCCUGCUAAUGCAUAGAGAAAACAAAUCACGAUCCUCGGAUUUGCAUGCUGUCUGAACCAGGGAUCAUGGUGUGAGAGGUGAGUGCUGCCAAAGCCAGCAUAGAUAAAACUCCAGGCUCGCCGCCAGUUGUUGUCUUUUAGAUUUAUUUACAAAGUUCAAAAAGGUUUCCAGAGCUUCAAAGCAUGUCCAUCUCUGUCUGAUUAGAUGCCUCGAAUGGCUUUUUUUCCUUACUUCCCCUUCCCCAGCAGGCAGAAACCCCGCCUCCUAUCUCCUCUGUUCAAAGGAUAGCUAGUUCUGGGCUGAGCAUCCCCCCUCCCUGCCUCUUCUUCGCUGUCAGAAGAGAGGCUGCUAAUUAGCUCCUUCGGCUCUCUAUAAGUGCUCCUCUCCCCCCUUGGGUCUUUUGCCGUGUGCAUUUCCCUGACACAUGGUUUGCUUUGCUUAAACAGAACUCUCAGUAAGCUAAGAACAAAUGUUGUCUUAUUGUGGUUUGUUUGGAGUAGACACAAUGCAAAUCCCUGGUUUGGAAGUACUGCUAAGCCGGGGAUCAUGGUUUGUUUCCCUCCUGACAUGACCUGGGAGGACUGAAGCCAGCACAGUUCCCUCACGCAUGGCUGGUCAUAGUUUAUGGCUUACCACAAUGUAUGAACAUAGCCAGCAACUCAUUAAAGUGCUUAACUUGGGUUGAAUUAUGCAUAGUAAGUAACAUUCAGUUUAAAUCUUCAGUAAUGAAGUAGUAAUUAGAAGGAUAAAAUCUGUUUAGUUUGUAAAGAGAAUUUCACAUACUGAGAGUGAUAGUUUAUGGGGGGAAAUCCUCAUCAUUCCAAAGAAAUAAAAAGAGGGAAGUAAGAUGACUAUUAUUAUUAUUAUUAUUAUUAUUAUUAUUAUUAUAAAAAUGCUAUUUCUUUCUGCUGGAGAAAACAUACCAAGUUUAAAGUUUUUCAGAUGGACUCUGAAGACAAAAUUUCCCAUAAAUCUCAUUUGUUCACUGGAUUCAAAACUGGGCUUUUUAUUUUUAGGGAGAAGUGUGAUUAUAAUAUCUAGAAUCACCGUCUCAUUUAAACGAAGCUUGUAUUUCUUAAAACACAAAUACAGAGUCAGAGUUUGAAUAAUACAGACAUUAGGAAGAUGACACCAUACUUUUACGAAAAGAAAUGCUUCUUAAAUAGUGCCACCAAAAACCACAUAGGGUGAAGAUGUCAGUGCCAUUGAAUAAAAAAAGGUAAAAGCCUACACCAGAAGUAGAGAACCUUCUUUCUGUCAAGGACCAUAUUACCUUGGGGUUAAUCUGCCAGGGGCUGGAAUGGGUUGGUCUCUUUGGUAGAAAGGGAGCUGUCCAUGGAGGCGCAGGUCAAUUCUGUGUCCAGGGCAGCUGUUUAUCAGCUCCACCUGGUACGCAGGCCGAGACCCUACCUGCCCGCAGACUGUCUUGCCGGAGUGGUGCAUGCUCUAAUUAUCUCUCGCUUGGACUACUGCAAUGCGCUCUAUGUGGGGCUGCCUUUGAAGGUGACUUGGAAACUACAACUAAUCCAGAAUGUGUCAGCUAGACUGGUGACUGGGAGCGGCCGCCGAGACCAUAUAACACCGAUCUUGAAAGACCUGCACUGGCUCCCAAUACGUUUCCGAGCACAACUCAAAGUGUUGGUGCUGACCUUUAAAGCCCUAAACGGCCUCGGUCCAGUAUACCUGAAGGAGCAUCUCCACCUCCAUCGUUCUGCCCGGACGCUGAGGUCCAGCGCUGAGGGCCUUCUGGCGGUUCCCUCGCUGCGAGAAGCCAAGUUACAGGGAACCAGGCAGAGGGCCUUCUCGGUAGUGGCACCCACCCUGUGGAACGCCCUCUCACCAAUAUCAAAGAGAAAAACAACUACCAGACUUUUAGAAUCCAUCUGAAGGCAGCCCUGUUUAGGGAAGCUUGUAAUGUUUAAUAGACUAUUGUAUUUUAAUAUUAUGUUGGAAGCCGCCCAGAGUGGCUGGGGAAACCCAGCCAGAUGGGUGGGGUAUAAAUAAUAAAUUAUUAUUAUUAUUGUUGUUGUUGUUGUUGUUGUUGUUGUUGUUGUUGUUGUUGUUGUUAUUUUAUUUAAAAUAAAUAGUAGGCAGGGCCACCCGUUCUCUUUUUCUGUCUGUCUCUCUUUGUUACACAUUUGCUACAGCAUCACCUUGUAGGGUCCACACAAAAGCAACAUCCUUCCCAAGGAUAAUUUGUAUGAUUUUCAAAACCGCGUUUCUGGAAAAGGGAAGCAGUAUUGCUUUUUUUAAAAGCAGAAAGUGAUUUGCAUUUUAUUUCCUGCAUAUCAGAAUGAAACUUUUCAUCUUUCGCAGGGAGUUCAUGGUAUCCCAAGUGAUCAUUUGAACAGGGUCUUAAUGUCUGUGGAAUCUGCUAGAGAAGAAAGGAAGAAACAGAUCCCCGACAUUCAUCUUAUUCGGGAGCAACUCCAGCAGCAAGUCAACUUCAGGGUUAUGUCUUGCAGCAGACUUUAUUCCAGUUCUUACCUUUCUCCAGAAGGUGUGCUAACUUCCCACCCCUCUCCCUGCCCCAACCCACCCCCACUGCUUUCAGGUGUCUGGAGGUCAAACCACCAUGUUACUUAUAACUCGAGACAACAUAAACGUGGGCCUGCUUUCAUGUGCAGUGUGUUAAAGGUUUUGUUAACAAGUUAAUGUUCAAAAGCAGAUCAGCUGUUUGUCUUUGGACCCAUUAAUUAAUCGGUGAGCCAUUUACAUUUUGGUACCAGCGUUGUUUGAGGGCAGUGGAUGAGGGCAACAUUUGGACUAGAAAACUGGUCCCUAGCUCAUGUGGAAUCUGAAGUACCGUAUUUUUCGCUCUAUAAGACGCACCAGACCACAAGACGCACCUAGUUUUUGGAGGAGAAAAACAAGAAAAAAAAAUCUGAAUCUCAGAAGCCAGAACAGCAAGAGGGAUCGCUGCGCAAUGAAAGCAGCAAUCCCUCUUGCUGUUCUGGCUUCUGGGAUAGCUGCGCAGCCUGCAUUCGCUCCAUAAGACGCACACACAUUUCCCCUUACUUUUUAGGAGGGAAAAAGUGAGUCUUAUAGAGCAAAAAAUACGGUAAUUUUUUAAUGAAAUGAUUUUAAAAUGUUGUCUUAUUUUAUUGUUGUUAGCCGCCCUGAGCCCGGCUUCGGCUGGGGAGGGCGGGAUAUAAAUAAAUUAUUAUUAUUAUUAUUAUUAUUAUCAUCAUCAUCAAAGAGGAGCAGGUAUGAGCUUCCUCAGAAUCUGCCUGAGCCUCCUUAAGCAAGUCAUCACCACAGUUUUACGGCCCCAGUGUUGAACACAUUCUCUGAUACAAGAUGUCUGUGUGAACUGCAAUCGAUAAUCCUUUCACAGAUUUAUUUAAACUAUUGUUAAAAACUCCCAACUUACUUGUUUAAGGACUACAUGUUAUUUAAUUAGCAGUUUAUACAUUCUUGACCAAAGCUACUGUACAAUGUAUAACUACUUAUUCAUAAAAAAGUGGAAAUCCCGUUACCUGAGGUAUUGACCAAUCGGAUAUUACGUUCCCUUAGCACAUUUUGCAACAUGCUUCUAGCCUUAGGGGCCAGAGGGCACUUUUCUGGCUCAAGAUGUAUAGCUAAUGCCUCUUUUGUGAAACCUGUGCCCAAUAUAGAGAAACAUUACUAACAUUUCUUGUGAGCACAGCUUUCCCCCGCAUUCUCUGUUAUUCAUUAGAGCAUUUUUACCCCAUCUUUCCUUUGUUGUUGUUGUUGUUGUGUUUAAAAAAUGUGCACUCAAGGAGGCUUGCGGUGUAAAAAUUGAAAAAACAGUAGCAAAAAACCAAACCUGAAAUGCAAAAUAAACAGGGACAGCUAGGUGACUUUCUAAAAAUUCAAAGGAACUCAGAGCACAGAAACAGCCAAAUGUCUUCUGAAAUGAAAAUGUAUUCCUGAGAUGAUGAAGAAUAAUCAAAGAGGAAGCCAGGCAAGCUUCCUUACUUGGGCAGGUCUAUUAGACACAAUUCAGCUGGCAAAGUAGAAACUGAAAAUGUGUCUGUCUUUCUUGUUUCUUUUGACAUUGUUCCUUGGGGUAUAUCUUUAUUGUUGUUGUUGAUUGAAUUUAUAUACCGCCCUAUACCCGGAGUUCUCAGGGCGGUUCACAGAAUAAAAUCAAAAUAUAAAACCACAAAAUACAUAAUCAAAAUAAAAACAACAAUGCAAUAACCCCCCACCUCCCAAAAAACACAUUUUUAAAAAGGGCAUAGGAUCCUCACAACAUUUAAAGUAAGAUAAUUAAACCUGGAAAGGAGCCACUCAUUGGAAAGACCAUGAUCUCAGAAAUGUCUGUGGCAAUAUUUAUUGGCAACCAAAUUGGCCAGGCGCCUUUCUGAUACAAAGACAAAAAUAAGAGUGUGGGGAAUUAGCUUUGGUUGUUGGGCAGAUGUAAUACUAUUGCUUCAUCUUCUGUAAGGGAAAGGCCUGUAUCUAAUGUUGCAAACAAGUCCUCUUUGCUGAGUUUCAUCUUCUUUCUUCUUGGUACUGUUUCUACCACUGAUGCGCUUCCACCAGAACAUUGUUUUGAGUAUUUAUAAUCUGUGUUUCAUUGCAGCUAAGAACAGGGUAGCUCAUUUGGGAGGUUCGCUGUCAACUGUGUUGCCCAAAGCAGCAAAACGUCCAUCUGUUGCCAAACGCCCAACCGUACAAAGACCAGUCGCUGCUGAAAACACCCCGGCACCAAAGUAAGAGGAACUGUUCAGUAAAGUUUUGUUUGGGGUUGUCCGUAUUAUUGGAAGCAGCCUUGUGGAGCACCUGAAGAUGUCUGUAUUAUUCAUCCGCUGGGAGAGAUGUACUGGCUGCUGAUUGGCUGCAGCUCCGUAUUGAAAGCCUUGUUACUAACACAGAAAGCCCUGAGCAACUUGGGAUCAGGUUACCUGAAAGGCCCCUGACCCUGGAUAGACAUUUAAAAUUUCUUAGAUCAGGGUUUGCCAAACUUGGGUCUCCAGCUGUUUUUGGACUGCAUCAUCCCUGACCACUGGCCCUGCUAGCUAGGGAUGAUAGGAGUUGUAGUCCAAAAACAGCUGGAGACCCAAGUUUGGCAAACCCUGGCUUAGAUCAUCUGGGGAAAUUCUACCCACGGCUCCAUUUCCUAUAGAAUAUUACAGAGCAUGUCAAUUUUUUGCCAUUGCCCCUGUUCUGUGGAAUGCCCUUCCCUCUGCCAUACAUGACACAUUGUCUAUUAGUUGCUCUCUGCAUCUUUAGAAGGUGUAUGGUUUCCCCUAGGCUUUCCCAGGUCCCCAAGGUUGGAUCCUGUUAUUUCUGAGUUCUCGAUUUUAUAAUAUUGUUUUUAUUAUGAUGUUGUGUUCUUUUGGAUCACAGGUUAGGGUUUUCCCAAACUUUUUCAAUGUUAAAAGUUUGUAAAUGCUUUUAAAUAAAAGAGAAAGAAAAAAGACAAGAAAUGAAAGAACGGAAAUAGGUGUAUUGAUUUAUUUCCUCUGGCCCCUCAAAAGUAUCUUUUAACAAGAUAGCGAAACCGUCAUCCUUCUGCAGGAAGGGGAGCAAUUAAAAAGCGUUUACUACAUUAUUCCUGCAUUGCAGGGGGUUGGACUAGACGACUCGGGGCCCCUUCCAAUUCGACGAUUCUAUGAUUUAAAUAUAUUUGUGACAUUCAUAAACCUCUUCUGAAAGGCAAUUGCCCAAAGCAGAAUACAGAAUCUGAGUACAGAGUACAGAAUCUGCAAUAUAGUAGAUAACAAAAGUUGUAAUUUUUGUUAUUGUUCCUUCCAGAACCAAGAAGAGCGCUUUGGGAGAUGAAAUCCCCAAAAAGCUGCAUAGUAUUACGUAAGUCUUCCGUUUGGUUUCUGUGCGCAAUAUUCUGAACUCGAUUUAAACAAUGCAAAGAAGAAAUGUCAAAUUGUAUACAUGCCACUUUACCUAAGGUUCAGGUUUGCCAGUUGCUUGAAAUGGUGAGGCAAAGAAUUGGGGAUGGACAAGUAAGCAAUAGAGGCAGAACAAAAGAACAGGAAGGGGAGAGGCAGAGUGGUGUGCAGGAUACCACCCCAAAUGGAAGUGCUGCUAGCACUCCUCUAAUCCCAUGGCCUUCAUCAGAAACUAUUCACAGAUUUCUACAACCAUGGUGGCUGGAAGUCUCUUUUUUUUAAAGGCAUGGUGAAUCAGAUUGUGUAGUAAAAUCCAAGACAGAUGUAUAGCUAUGCUUACUUUGCGCAUGCUUACUAUAGGUAUGGUCAGGGGUUCAAAUCCGCACAACGGGGCGAGCUCCCAUUGCUCUGUCCCAACUCCUGCUAACCUAGCAGUUUGAAAGCACACCAGCGCAAGUAGAUAAAUAGGUACCACUUCGGCAGGAAGGUAAGCAAUGUUUCCAUGAGCUCUGGUUUCCGUCACGGUGUUCCGUUGCGCCAGAAGCGGUUUAGUCAUACUGGCCACAUGACCCAGAAAGCUGUCUCUGAACAAACGCCGGGCUCCUUCGGCCUGAAAGCGAGAUGUGCACUGUAACCCCAGUCGCCUUUGACUGGACAUAACUGUCCAGGGGUCCUUUACCCCUUUACAUUUACAAUAGGCAAAUGCUCAGAGAACCACAGGUGUGUUCUACCUGCUUUUCAAACUGGAUAAAAUGGUUUGGCUGCGUAGAAUCCACCUUUAUCCGAAGGACCUAAAAUGGCUUUCCACACGUUCCUUACUGCGUAUGGGAUGUUUCUCAGCAAAGACUCCUUUCUUACUAGUUUCAAAACAUGGGGAGAGUUUAGGUUGAUGGAAAUCAACAUUCUGUAACCAGUUUUCUUGAGAAUGGUGGCAUUGUGGAUUAACUUACAUUGAAAAUGGUGGCCCGCCAUUUACCUUGUGGACAAGGAUCCUAAGAUUAUCUUAACCAGAGGUUUGUGACAUCCCUACCAUUUUCCUGUUGGAUGAAAGGAUUUAGAGAAGCUGGGCAAAGUGUGGCUAAGGCAGUACCGUGUUUGGCAACAGUUGGGUUAAAUCAAGGUCUUGCCGCAGCGAUGAUGAUAAUAAUGGAAGGUGCCUAACUCCACCAAUUUCCCUCCCCCUUAGAACCCCACCAUUUAGCUCAGAGGAAGAAGUAGAAGAGAAUGACAUCAUGCAGUCCUAUAUCUCACCAGAAUUGUCUCAGCCUCAGGCAUCCAAGAGCAACAUCAAAAGCAGCUUGUCAAGAUUUGCAAGCCAGAGUGAUGUGAACUCCAUGGAAGAAGAGGAGGAGGAAGAAGAGGAAGAAGAAGAAUUCAAAACAAGCCUUAAACCUUCGAAAAGUAGGGAAGCUAAUUUUGUAGACCACCUUAAGGAGAGGAGCACACCUAUGGGGAGAUGCUCCACUCAUGUUCACACCAGGAUCUGUGUUCACCCCAUGGUCUCCUUUAGUAUGGCUUUCUAUCCUGUGCUCAGGAUUGUGCUGAACAGCUGAUAAUCAUACUGGCCAUUAACCAGUGGGAUUAAUUAAAAAGAAGUACGUAGAGCAAACGGUGAAAAGGAAAUCAUCCUUUGACACACUACUAAAUGUUAAAGUCUGAGGGGUUGUAGCAGGAGAACAGGGUUCUUGGGCAAUUCGCACUGCACAGCUGCUGCCUAGACUAAUAUCAUUGAUUUACGAGUAACUUCCAAGUUGUAAUCAGCACAGUAGCUGAAGACUCACGGGGCAGUCUACCAAUCUCGUGUAAGUUUUUUUGGGAGUGUGGGAGUGAGGGGAGAUGGCAUAGCAGCCAUCAUUAAUUUGGGUUUAUUUUAUUUUUUAAUAAAACUAAAAUGUGUUGGAAGAUUUGUGCUUCCCUGGACCAUUUUGUUGGGGAAAAGUAAGGGGACGUUUUUAUCCCACUAUAUUAAAAUUGGCUAGAACAACAACAACAGAGCACCUCAGUGGCAGAAAUCAAUCAAUUUAUUGGGAUAUUUUUGUCUUGGACUCUUGAUUGUUUUCAAAACAAAAACCUACAACGCUGGGUUACUUUUUGCUAGAGGAAAUAUUUACCCUAACAUGUUACACUGGCACCCCAAAUGAGAUAAAUAAGCACCCCAAAUGUAAAAUUCAGUUGGUUUUCUUUGGAUUAUUUGUGUACUGUAAAUAGCAAGUGACUGAAUUUUUUUUAUUACUAUGCAGGCAAAUUUUUUAUUACUACGCAAGCAAAGAUGUCUUAUAAUUAUUGCAUUAUAGGUCUACCUCUAUGUUGAUUCUGCAAGGAAAAGUGUACUGGGAGUGUAAUUUUACACCCAAAAGUCUGGGUUAGAAUUAAGCAUUUCAGUUAUAAGUUGCCCAUAUCCUGUUUUUUUGAUUGUGUAGGCGCAUUUAUCCAAAGAGGGACUGUGCAAAUCGAAAAGCUUCCUCCGAGCCAAGGGAAGGAAAAUGAAUCUGCUGAAGUAAUUAAUGUUGGCCCCGUAUCUAUUCAAAAGUGUGCCCAAGGAGUAAAGGUAUUAGAUUUUAUUUGAAAAGGACCUAUAUACAUUGAGAUUUUAUUAUUUCUAUUUUCUUAUAAUUGAAGGGAUAAUUCACUGGUGUAAGAAUUUCCUUUGCAAAUCACUUUGUAGUUGCUGAUAAAGAUAUUUGUGGUUGGUAUUCAGUAUGAUGAUCUUCUGACUUUUAAAUGCAGUUCAGGGAUUUAUUUCUUUUCAGUGUAAGUAAAACUUACACUGUAAGUACAAGUCAUUCCCCCUGGAUUUUUAAAACCUGUAUCCAUGCAAAAAAAAAAAAAAAGGUCCAGGGAGCUACUGCAAAAGCAGCAGUCAGAGCACGACAAGUAAAACAGAGUAUUGCAGCUUUGCCCACCUGCCAGGUAAAAGCUAUUUCACCCCCUAACUGCACCACCUCCUCCUUUGCUUCCAAGCGGGUUGCAACCUUUGAAAGCCUUUAGUAGUCUAAGCCCAGCAUAGAAUCUGUGAGAGCAUUCCUUCCUAUAUGGACCCGCUCAGAAUUUUGUAAGAAAGCCUAAUUUUGUAAGAAAGGUGCUAUCUAUAAAUGUAGCUCUAUAGGAACUAGAGAAUUGAGGUGCAGGAUUUCUUUAAAAGAUUUGAGGGGAUCACUCUCUUUCCUCUUGUCACUUGUGGCGAGGAAAUCUGGAAUCUUAAACCUUUUCCAUAAAAUGCUCUCUCACAGAUGGAGGAGAAGAGGCCUUGUAGCUCAUAAUAAUAAUAAUAAUAAUAAUAAUAAUAAUAAUAAUUAUUUUAUUAUUUAUACUCUGCCCAUCUGGCUGGGUUUCCCCAGCCACUCUGUGUGAUUUACAGCACAUAAAAAAAUUGAAAAACAUUAUAGACUUAAAAAAUUUCCCGAUACAGGGUUGCCUUCAGAUGUCUUCUAAAAGUCAGAGAGUUGUUUAUUUCCUUGACAUCUGAUGGGACAUAGGUAACAGAGCAGACGUUUUAUAGGGAGCAGAUUCUAGGAUCAGUCGCAGAGCUCUCUGGUUCAAAAGGUUAAGUAGCAAGUGAUGAGGAAGGUCCCUCUCUUCCUGAGACUUUGGAGAGCCAUUAGUAAGAAAGUAGAUCACACUGGGCAAAAUAGACAAAUAGUUUGUCUGGGCAUAAGGCAGCUUCCCGUAGUAUGUAAAAACGUAACAGCAGUUUAAAUUAACUUUCAAUAUUGUUACUAGAGGCAGGUCUUCACUUGCAUGCGAUCUAGUUGCGCACAACUGCACACACGGGCAACACUAGGAACCCAGAAGUGGCAGGUAGCUCAUGAAGAGACCCUCCCCGGAGCCUGAAGAGGACGUCUUUAAUUUCUGGGUGAGGUGGCUUUUGUCCUCAGCAGGGCUUUGUUGAGGCUGCUCAGCUGACAUGUGGGAAAUCGAUGGCUGCUGCUGCGCUAUCCCACAUGCCAGCUGUUAGAUGGGGUGUCUGAGCAGCUUCAACAAAGCUUCGCUGCGCCUCCGGUUUGCGAAGAGACCCACCCUGGAGCCCAAAGAGGACUCUCGAGAGGGUCUCAUUGAGAGCCACGAGGACUCUCUAGGGUGCUUCCUACUUACACACGUCACUUGUGCGCAAGGGGCCCCAGAACGUAAGUGGGACCUGUACAGUGGUACCUCAGGUUACAUACGCUUCAGGUUACAGACUCCGCUAACCCAGAAAUAGUGCUUCAGGUUAAGAACUUUGCUUCAGGAUGAGAACAGAAAUUGUGCUCCAGUGGCGCAGCAGCAGCGGGAGGCCCCAUUAGCUAAAGUGGUGCUUCAGGUUAAGACCAGUUUCAGGUUAAGAACAGACCUCUGGAAUGAAUUAAGUACUUAACCCGAGGUACCACUGUACUGCUUUUCACUAUAGCUGUCAACUUUUCCCUUUCCUUGCGAGGAAUCCUAUUCAGAAUAAGGGAAUUUCCCUUAAAAAAGGGGAAAGUUGACAUCUUUGCUUUUCACACCUUCAUGACGCUUUCUAAUACAAUAAAAUAGGGGUCAGUCUUGUCAAAAUUAAGAGCAUUAGAGUACAAUCCUAUGUGUGUUUGCUCAGAAGUUAAUCCCAUUGGGUUUAAUAGGACAUACGUUUGUAUAGAUUUAAAAUCUUAACAUCCCAUUCAUUUCUUUGUAGAAUUAAACACAUGCCUGAACCCUCUCAUGCUGAAAGGGAGGACAUGUAAAACAGUUUAACUUGGGUGUUACUGUGCCCUUUUUGUUUUAUAUGUAGGUCAUGUGUGUGUGUGUGUGUGUGUGUGUGUUUGUGUGUUUGUUUGUGUGUGUGUGUGUGUGUGUGUUUGUGUGCAUGCAGUCUGUACAUAAUUUAAAUGAAUUUUGGUAUUUUGGCUUCAUGUAGCAUAUUGUAGUCUCCUGUCAGUAGAGGGCACUGCAGUCUUUCUUCAGUAUAAUGGCUAUUCCUUAAGAGCUCUUUUCGCCUUGCCACAGGGUUUGGCACUAAUUCAAAUAAUGUGAGUAUUUUGGUCUGUUCUCUUCUCAACCUAUUUAAAAAGCAAAACCCACUAGCACAAAGAGAACAAAUCACAUCAAUUGUUUUUUCUUGUGUUGUGUGUUUCCAGAAAUCUUCGCUCUUUAGUAGCUGAACAUAUUGACGUCCAUCGUCUUAAGCAAGCAGCUCCUCUUACAGGAUCUGUGUAUAAAAAGACUAGCAGAUAACUGUUCCUAGAUUUAAGUUUUAAGAAAUUCCAUUUGUUUCUUAAUAGUUUACAGGAGUUGAGGAGGACGACGACGAAGACUGGGAUUUAUCAUCUCUAGUAGAAGAUGAGAAACCAUCGCCAGCAAAAGAUGAACAACCUUUGUUAGCAAAAAAUGAAGAACGUUUGCUGGCAAAAGAUGAGAAGCGUUUGCCAGCAAAAGAUGAAAAAGUUAAGAAUGCAACUGCUGUUGAAAAGAAAGAUUCGAAUGCGGCAUCUACGGUCCAUGCAUGGGGAACUCCAUGCGUAGGAAAACCAACAAAGGAAGAAGGUACAUUCAUGGGUGAUAUUAAUUACUAGUCAAUAGCUCUGAUGUUCUCAGCCAUAGCUGUGCCAGGUUCCCUUGGUGCUGAUAUUUAAAGCCCUAAAUGGCCCCAGCCCAGUAUACCUGAAGGAGCGUCUCCAUCCCCAUUGUUCAGCCCUCAUACACUGAGGUCCAGCUCCGAGGGCCUUCUGGCGGUUCCCUCACUGUGAGAAGUGAGGUUACAGGGAACCAACAGAGGGCCUUCUCGGUAGUGGCACCCGCCCAUCAGAUGUCAGGGAGAUAAACAACUAUCUGACUUUUAGAAGACAUCUGAAGGCAGCCCUGUUUAGGGAAGUUUUUAGUGUUUGAUGUUUUGUCACCUUUUUAUUUAUUUAUUAUUAUUAAUCUGUUAGGAGCCACCCAGAGUGACUUGGGAGACCCAGCCAGAUUGGCAGGGUAUAAAUAAUAAUUUAUUAUUUUUAUUAAUUAUUAUUCUCUGCAAACCCUGCCUGGAGGGAAGGGAGAUUUGCUACCAAGGUCAGAGCCACUGGGCUAUGGGCCAGGUUGAUUGAGACCUUUGCAGCUGCAGUACAGAAAAGACUAUUUACCUGUGUUGUGUCUAUCCUGCUUCUUAAUUUCAAGAAAAUUUAUUACCACUUACAAAACCAAUAAGAUAUAAUAAUAAAAGUGGUAAAAUGCAACAAAACACAAUUAAUAACAUAAUCUUUCCUAAACAUGUAUCAGGACUAUAACUAUGAAAUUUAAGAAACUUCAUCUGAUGUCUACACCUGAUGUUUAAAGCCAUUGUUUUUUAUUUUUAUUUUUAUGGGGUGUGUUUUUUAGUAGGUACAGUGAUAAAGUGAUUGGGGCCUUUCACUGUUCCCAACAGUGGUGGUUUUGAUCCCCUAGGUGUCUGUUCUUAUUACAUAAAACAGUAUUUUCUACAGACCACAGUAAAACAGUGCACUGCAACCAACAGGACUGGGCACAUUUAAACCUGUGGUUGGAUUGUGGUCACUCUGUUCGGAAUAACUGAAAGCAGCCAGACAAGGUGUUGGGCUUCUUAUAUUGUGGUGCAUUUGACCACAGAAAUUAAUGCACCUUAACUGCUCUGCUGGAGAGCCUGUAUAAUUCAGGAUGAACUUUGGUUUAGGUGAGAUGGGCUGCUCUGCUCCAUAGGCUGCUAAAAAGAGUUUGGAUCUGCUGCAAUUAAUGCCCAUUUAAUUUACAGCUGCUUGCCUUACACUAACUUCUUCCCUGUUUAGGGAAGUUUUUUAAUGACUGAGGUUUUAAUGUAUUUUUAAUCUGUUGGAAGCAGCCCAUAGUGGCUGGGGUAUAGGUCAUACAUUAUUGUUGUUGUUGUUGUUUUUGUUGCUGCUGUUAUUAUUAUUAUAUUAUUAUUAUUAUAUUAUUAUUCUGCAUAGGCCUGCUCCUUAAGGAACUCUGCUUGAAGCGUGGAAAGUUCCUGUGUCAGACUUUGUUUAAAGGAGAUCAAAAUUGUUCUAAAUUGUUUUCAGGAAGACCUUCCUACAUCUAAAAAUGGUAGACCACCAAAACGUGUUGCAGAAGAAUGGUACCAUCUCUAUCCUUGUGUAUCUUUGAAAGCUAAUUUUGCUGUUUCCUUUUUAAACAGUCCUUCAAGAUGAAGAUAUGAGCACAAAAAGCAGCUCACCCACUAUCACAGACUGGAGCGACGCUUCGGUUAUUUGAUUGUUGCAGAUAAAACCUCAUUCCAAAGACAACAGUCUGAUUCCUGUUCAUUUUUUUCUGGUGCGUUAACAAGGAACCUUUUGUUUACAAAACUCUGGUAUCUUUAGUUGAUUUAAUGCAGGGCCAAUUAAUACUUCACUAAAUCUCCACUUUCAGGUAAGAAGUGUUCAUCAAUAAACAGCAUUAACUGAUCCACUAUUUUAAGUAAUCUUUUUAAAAAAUACAAAAAACAGUUUAUACAUAACUUAAUAUAAAAUGUGAACAUUUUAAAUAAACUAUUUUGACU